AUGGCGUCUCUUUCCAGGUCACAGCCGGCGUGGAUGAAGCCCUCCAGCUCCUGGAGCAUUUGGAAAAGCCCUCGAUGGAUGCGGAUUACACUGGCGACAGUGCUGGUAGUGUCGACAUUGAUUUUUCUCGGCUUCGAAACGGGCGCGUUCGAAAAAGUUCCCAUGCCGGCCUUGAGCACUCACAAAAGCAUCCACCAAGAGAUACCUCCACCAGUCCCAACCGAACCUGUCAAACCAGCGGAACCAGAAAAGCCUGCCGAGCCAGCUAAACCAGCGGAGCCAGCCAAACCAGCGGAACCAGUGGAACCAGCCAAACCAGCGGAAGAAGAAAAGCCAGCGGAACCAGAAAAGCCCAAACCGGUCCCCACACCACCACCGUAUAUCGACGUGGACCCCAACCCUGCAAAUACAAAAGAGGAGAAACUUGCCUACGUCACUUUUCUCUCGGAAACGGUUGAUUCGGGCGAUAAUUUGGAGGAGGACAAGUACUUCCAGGCAAUACGCAUUCUCAUCUGGCAGUUCCUUCACAAACCCGAGACGCGCACGAAGCAUGAUGUUGUCGUCAUGGUGACACCGUCCGUCGGUCAGAAGCGACGCGACCGGCUGAAGAAGGAUGGCGCUAUCGUGUAUCCCGUCGAGUACCUGCACACGCAAAACGACAGCUGGAUACACCCCGAGCAGCACCGCUGGGACGACGUCAUGACCAAGAUGCGCGUCUGGGAAAUGACACAAUACGAUCGCAUCCUCAUGCUCGAUGGUGACUCGAUGUUGAUCAGAUCGCUCGACGGCGUUUUCGACGAUCCAGGUGCUCAGCUCAUGAAGACCAAGCCCUCCGAUGAGUCCGGACUCCCCCCAACAUACCUCCUCGCAUCCCUAUCAGAAGUCUGGGACUCAAGUCACUCGUUCCCGCCCGGGCCUACCACAGGCCUCAAAACGAUAGGAUACAUGAACGCCGGCUUCUUCAUGCUUGCGCCUUCACUCGCCGCCUUUGAAUACUACAAGCGGCUCAUGAACACGCCCGGUUCAUUCGACCCCAAAUAUCCCGAACAGAACCUCAUGAACCAUGCGCAUAGCUGGGAUGGGCCUAUGCCGUGGCGAGAGAUUGCGUAUACCUGGAAUAUCCGUUGCCCGAAAGACGAGGAUUUUGACCAAGGGUUGAGCAGCUAUGUGAGCCUCUUUAUGGGCGUUGCUUUUUUGUAG